CGCAACUCGCAUGUAUAAAACAAAGCCAUCCAUGGAGAGCACAAACUGCAAGUCUUCACCAACCACCAGCAAUGGCGGCUGCUUCAGCUACGCCCUUUGCUCCUCCCUUCAAACUCUCCUCCCCAAAACACCUCCCUCGCACCAGAGCCCUAAAAUUGAAUCUCAAAGGCACCCAUCAGAAUCUUAUAGCUCGAAAAAGGGCUACUUUAUCGCUUCCUUCGAUUUCUUGGUCAAAAUCCAGCCACAGAUCAACACCGUCAGCACCUUCAUCAACGGUCGCCACCCGUGCCUACGUGUCCGGCCCCGCUUUCGACUUGCCCGAAAAUGAUCCAAAAAUCAAUGGCACUGAGGAAAUUGCUGAGCUGAAGCCAAUUGAUGCUAUAAGUUGGGGGCUGUUGUGGAAGCUUAUUUCCCGGCAUAAAUGGAGGGUUUUGGUCUCGAUUCUUACACUUUUCGGCUGUACAAGUUGUACUCUUGCCAUGCCCAUAUAUUCCGGGAGAUUUUUCGAAGUGCUAAUUGGGGCGAGACCAGAACCAAUCUGGAAACUGCUGAGUAAAGUGGGAAUUCUGUACACAUUGGAGCCAAUUUUUACAAUUAUUUUCGUCAUAAACAUGAAUAGCAUAUGGGAGAAAGUUAUGUCUAGCUUAAGAGCACAAAUAUUUCAACGAGUGUUGAUUCAGAAGGUGGAGUUUUUUGACAAGUACAAGGUUGGAGAACUUACUGCUUUAUUAACAUCUGAUCUGGGUUCUCUCAAGAACAUUGUUAGUGAGAAUAUAUCAAGAGACCGUGGUUUCAGGGCAAUUUCUGAGGCAAGCUACUCUACACUAUGCAAAAGUUAUUGGGACGCUUUGCUUACUUUUUGCUCUGUCCGCCCAGCUGGCACCUGUUUUGGGCCUACUUAUGCUUACAGUGUCUCUGCUACUGUCUAUAAGAGAACUACUGUGAAUGUCUUUAAAGCUCAUGGAUCUGCCCAAGCCGCCAUUGCCGACUGUGUUACUGAAACUUUUGCUGCUAUUCGUACUGUUCUUGAGUACGAGAAUAGUGGCAUAACCCUUGGUAUAUUCAAGUCAAUCAAUGAGUCCCUCACCAGGGUUGCUGUUUAUGUCUCUUUAAUGGCCCUGUAUUGUCUCGGAGGAAGCAAAGUAAAAGCUGGCGAACUUGCAGUUGGGACAAUGGUUUCUUUUAUUGGAUACACUUUUACUCUAACGUUUGCCGUUCAAGGGGUAGUGAACACGUUUGGCGAUCUUCGUGGAGCAUUUGCUGCUGCAGAUAGAAUUAACUCUGUCGUAUCUGGUGCUGAAAUUGAUGAAGCACUUGCUUCAGCUUUAGAAAAGGACUUGAAGAGAAGGAACUUGCACGAUCCCAACCUUGAAGCUCUUCUAAUCAAUACUUCCAACGGGAAAGAGCAAACGAGGAGUGCCGGUUAUAUGUCAUCCUUAAAAUCUGCUAAUGACGUGCGAAACCUUGCACGAUCUGGCGACAUACGCCUUGAAGAUGUUCAUUUCUCGUAUCCUCUGAGGCCUGAUGUAGAAAUCUUACGAGGGCUCGAUUUAACGUUAAAGUGUGGAACUGUGACUGCUCUAGUUGGUCCAAGUGGUGCAGGCAAAAGUACAGUAGUGCAGCUUUUAGCUCGGUUUUAUGAGCCGACCAAAGGUCGCAUAACAGUUGCUGGAGAGGAUCUCCGUUCGUUUGAUAAGAGCGAGUGGGCUCGCGCGGUUUCCCUAGUGAAUCAAGAACCUGUUCUAUUCUCAGUUUCUGUUGGAGAGAAUAUCGCUUAUGGACUUCCAGAUGAGUAUGUAUCCAAGGAUGACGUGAUAAAAGCUGCUAAAGCAGCUAAUGCUCAUGAAUUUAUCAUUUCUCUGCCACAGGGUUAUGACACAUUAGUUGGAGAGCGUGGUGGGUUGUUAAGUGGAGGGCAAAGGCAGAGAAUAGCCAUUGCUAGAGCUCUGCUAAAAGAUGCUCCAAUCUUGAUUCUUGAUGAGGCUACAAGCGCUUUGGACACCGUAAGUGAACGACUUGUUCAAGAAGCUCUCAACCGUCUGAUGAAGGGUAGAACGACUUUGGUGAUUGCUCACAGACUUAGCACAGUUCAAAACGCCCAUCAAAUUGCUUUAUGCUCUGAAGGCAAGAUUUCAGAACUUGGGACACACGCAGAGUUGCUCGACCACAAGGGUCUAUAUGCUUCCCUUGUCGGCACCCAAAGGCUUGCAUUUGAAUGACAAAAAAUACGACAGAUUCCUAAAACAACACAAAUUUGAGAACUCCAUCAGUUUGGCUGAAAUUUAGUAAGAUUCCAUACAGACGUUAUACAGGAACAUAUAUUCGGUAUGAAAUCCCAAAUUUUCAUUUCCGAGACUUUUAUGGAUACAACUAAGUUUUUCCCUUGGUACACUUCUGGAAUAGUUACAAAAUCCUUGGUACAAACUUGUAUUUAUUUAUAAAAUCCUUCUGCUACAAAAAUAUUCGACCUGUUUGUUCGUCGUAUCUAUGUUGUGCUGCUCGAGAAUGAGAUUGUUGCAUUCAAAAUCGCUAAGCACUCGGUAGGAAGUGUAAGGAACGUAUCCAUGAAAAUAUCAUUAAUAGGCUCGACUUUGGCCACACCAACUAGCUUGCACGUCCCGUCUUUUCCAAGUCUCUCCCCUUUUUCUCCUCUAAUAAUCUCCCGUUUACAUUCUUCCGAUGUUAAAACCGUAUCCACAAGCAGCGGCCGAGCCUUAUACACAGUCCCAACAGAAAAACAGAAUCUGGCCCUGAACUUGAGCUCGACCUUGCCAGAAUCCUGGUCAAUGCUUCCAUGAAAGGCCUCGGGAAGUAUGUCGAUUUUCAAAAAGGGCGGUAAGGGCAGCCCAAGGAACUUUGUAGUGGCUGUUGAUAAUGGCGGUAUAUACAAUCUCUUCACGUCGAAAUCAACAGAAAAUUGAUUGUUUGAUUCUGCUAUUUUAGCUGCCAUCCCAAAACCCGAGCCACCGUUGGCAUUGUAAUCGAAAUUCGGGUAUCUGGAGAUGCUGAGCUGGCAUGCUUCGAGAGUCGUGAACUUAACGUUGUACGAGUCGGGUUUUUGAAUCUGGGUUUGUUUGGUGGUGGAUUUUGAGGCCAAUUGGUGCUGGUUUAGGUUGAGUUUUGGAGAUAAUUGAGAGAAAGAAGAUGUGGUUUGGGUUGUUUUGUGGAGAAGUUGAGGACUCAGAUUGGGGAUUUGGCAGUGCAUUAUUUGGUUUCUCAAGUGUUCUGUGAAUUGGGUUUUGUGGCUUGCCUUGUAUUGAUGUGGGGGAGACUGAUGUGAGGUUAGGAUGAUUCCUUUAGUUGGUGGGUUCUUAUCUUGUUUUUUUGGCUCCAAAAUUAGUUCAACUAUAGGUGGNA